AAACACAAAAGGAAAAUAAGAGAACAUUAAUUACAGUAUCUGUAUAACGUUGGGCGCUUAAUCCUUUCAGCGUCGUUUCAUAUUGAAAUUCAUGGAUGCUUCUUCCAUUCUGAUAUGAAAUUGCGAAGGAAGAAUAGUAAUAGUAGGGAACCCACAUGUCUGAGAUUGAGAAUUGUUCCCCAUAAUCGAUUAACGGAUGCAAGAAGAUGUCUUUGAUGAAGAAGAAAAGAAGGGAAAGCUCGGAUUUUUCCGAAUCGACGACGUCGUCGAGUUCAUCACAAAAGGCUAAAGGUAAAGAGAAGGGGAUAGCGUGCAAACGACGGAACCCUAGAUUCAUUGUUCGCCGCAAUAGGGCUAAUGUAGCCACUAUUGGGCUUCCUCUUGGAAUGUCAUUCGCCGCUGUUAUGGCUCAGGUGUUGUAUAGAAGAGAUGCAGCAGCUGAGAGUAUGUCUCCUAGUCAUCUUUCAUCGAUGUGCACGUCAGCUAUCAAAGAAUCUCUAGCCAAUGUUUUUGGAGACAAGCUAGAUGAUCUUACAAGGAAUUUUGAACAAUCUUUUCAUAGCACUUUGAGUACUCUUCAAUUAAUUUAUGAAUCAUCUUCGAGCAAUGAGGGAAAUAAGUUUAAUCAUAUGAGGAGGGAAAUUCCAAGUUCUAAAUUGACUGGUGACAAAGAAGAUUGCUCAAGUCAUAUUGUUACAGAGGAUGGUCAUUCGGGAGCACUAGCGCAUGCUGAAAUUCAAGAUCAAUCAAUUAGUCGGGAAGAGUUCAGGGAUAACUUUCAUAUGGGUUCAGUUAAUCGUGAUCUUACUAUGCAUGGGCAAUCAAACCAAAUGGUUUGUUUUUCUCCAACGUCUUCUGGAUCUGUAAUUAAUAAUCCUAUGAUUUGUACUUUUGAGAAGUCCAUUGUGGAGCAAUGUCGUUCUAAUGACCUCAAGACAAUUGAACUUGGCCUUACAAUGAGAAAAUUGAAAAUGAAAGAGACAGAAUUGGCUCUCAACUUUGAUUUGAAUAAUCUAGAGAGAUCAAAGUUAGCCAUGGGAGUAUCAAAGGCAUCUUUCAAAGCUGAAAAAUUCAAGACUCAGUUAGAAGAUAUGAGACACGGUGAACUGAAUAGGAAGUGCAUAGACUGUCUUAUUGCCGGUCUGCUUAUUAUGUCAUUCUCACUUUUGUAUGGUGCUUAUGUUUAUUCCUAUGAACGGAUUACUGAAGCUUCUGAAUCAUGUAAACCAUCAACCCAGGAAUCUUCCUCCUGGUGGACUCCUAAAUCAGUGGUCACAUUCAAUUCAAUGCUUCAUGUUUUGUGGUGCCAAGUUCAACUUGUGAGCCGAAUGGCGUUUGGUGUCCUUAUAAUUCUUGGAGUUGCAUAUUUGCUCAUUUGGCGUUCAGCAACAUCAUCAUCACAGACUAUGCCGCUUACUUUCAUCCUUUUGAUGUUAGGGAUUGGUUGUGGCUGUUCUGGCAAACUGUGUGUAGACACACUGGGAGGGAGUGGUUAUCUGUGGCUCUUAUAUUGGGAGAUUCUUUGCAUGCUUCAUUUCUUAUCUGUUGGCUGCACAUCUGCUUUGUACCCGAUCCUUCAUGGACCAGUUACCACAACGCCACAAACAAAGAAGGAAAAUGUAAUUUUCCGGUAUUGGAUUCGCCGAUCUUUGUACUAUGCUACUAUGCUUGCGUUUCUGCCAUUGUCUUGUGGUCUCUUGCCUUUUGCUAGCCUAGGUCAAUGGAAAGACCAUUUUUUGUUGAAGGUGUCAGGUUUCAAUGAAUCCGAAUGGUAAUAAAACCAGAGUUUGGUCAUGGAAAACCUUUUAUGCUUACCUCUCCCCUUAACUUACUAUGAGCUGCUUUGCUUGUGGUAAGCAAACUAGCCAAGCACCAGUUGUUGUAUUUGCCCACAUGUAGUCUUAUUUAGUUCAGGUUUUGCUCAUAAUUUUCUCCUAUGAUGUAAUAUUUCAAGUUAUGCAACGAGUAUUGUAUUAUACGCACCGUCUUGCUUUACCUUUGAUGCUGGAUCCUUAUUUUAUAAUUUAAAGAUCUGGCGAUGAAUCAUGAA